GAGCAAGGAUCAGAUUUCAGAGCGAGGCCGGCUUUACAUACGGAGCGUGCGCAGUGAAGAUUCCUGUUAUUCCGGCUUGCUACCGUUCGAGGUCUUUUUGGAGCAAAUUGUUAUCGGGGGAUAGUCAGUAAAAGAUUUCAAAGCCAAAAUGACCGAAUUCAAGGUUACCGAAAAACAGUUUAGUGAUGCUCAACAAACAUUCGCCCUCUUUGACAAGAAAGGUCACGGUAGAGUCUCAACGAAAGACAUCGGCAGUGUGUUCAAAGGUCUGGGUCUUCAGGUCGAUGAGGAGACGUUGAAGGGAUGGACAGAUGACCUGGAUGAGGAAGCAACGGGAGCUAUCGAUUUUGAUCAAUUUAAACAGAUUUUCGAAUUGAAGCUGAAGCAAGAUGAAGACGAGAGAGAACUCCGAGAUGCUUUCCGUGUAUUAGACAAGAACCACAAAGGAACAAUUGGAGUCGAUGAUCUGAAGUGGAUCCUUAAGAGUUUAGGCGAUGACUUAAGCGAUGAAGAAAUUGAGGCCAUGAUCACAGAGACAGACACAGACGGCAGUGGAACGGUAGACUACGAAGAAUUCAAAAACCUGAUGACAUCUGCGUGAAACAGCCAAUACAAGACCUGGUUUUGGUUACCUUAUGCCACAAUCACGAUUGUUCCAAACGGCAGUAAUAUUUAUUAAAACAAACUUUGAAAGCCACGGAACAGUGAAACUUAGACUUCAUGAUGUCAACACCCCUGUGCAAAGGCCUGAAUUUGCACGCGUCCCACAUUUCCCCGAUUCGAUUCGCAAGUCCACUUCAAGACGGGCUUCCAUUACCAUUUUGCCUUUUCCCGUCAUUCAAAUUACUUUGUCUUCCUCUUCCAUCUGCACCGCACAUGCGCACUAACCGCACGCUUACUUCUGUUGUCUUGCGCUGCUCUUCAUGUAUAUAGCUAUCCAGCAUGCUUUGUAGUACUUCUUGUUGAUCUGUUUUCUUCUGUUGUUUCCAGAAUUCUAUGCGUUGAUGAAUGAUAAAUGAAAGGUUGAUCAAGCUUCGAGGUUCCGCAUCUUUGAUGGAGACCCCUAUCGGUCGUUUUCCGCUCAGCAGUAUCCAGAAAAAAAUUAGCUUUUUCCAAAACUGACGUCAACUGUUUUCUAACAAUAUACAUUCUCCCGAUAGAUAAGGAGGGCAUACUCUUCUAACUCCGAACGAAAAUGUACACCUUUCUAGGGCCCUCUGUUGGCGUGAUGUAUAUUUCAAUCUGUGUCAAUUUCAAUCAGUUACCACCUGUUAAGUGUUAAUUACCAUGUCUGUAUAUUUGUAUCCACCGGAACUUAUUCAAUAUGUUGUUUCUGUCUGUGUAAUACGUAGUUCAUUUCUUGUCAGUUUCUUUGCUUUUUGUGCUUGAAAUCGUCACAUUUUUUAUUCCUUUAAUGCCCUAUAUCUCAUUGGCAGAAAGCAAACUUGCACAGCACUUACUAAAAGCACUUCUUCAUUCAACUUAUUUCAUUACUAUUCUGCUAUAAAUGUCGAUUUCUACCAGAUGUUCUAAAAGUUGGUGCCGUGUUGACCCAAGACACCAGGAUCGUUCGGUAAUAGUUCAAGGAAAGGAUUAUCAGCUUUGAAAAUUAGAUAACAGGUUGAUGUCUAUAUAUAAACGAUAUAUAAUAAUCUGUCUGUGAAUAUCUGAUAUGAAAUAAAUCUUUAUCCUGA